GGAAGCAGCUCACGAGGCCCGCCGUAAACGGCUCCCUCGCGCCACUUCCGGCCGGCUUCUGCAGACGGCGCUGGUAGGGGAACGAGAGGCGCCGGAGGUCGUUCUUGGCGGCAGGAGCCAUGGAGAUGCCUCUGCCACCCGAUGACCAGGAGCUUCGAAAUGUCAUCGAUAAGCUGGCCCAGUUUGUUGCUCGCAACGGGCCCGAGUUUGAGAAGAUGACGAUGGAGAAGCAGAAGGACAACCCGAAAUUCUCGUUUCUGUUCGGAGGCGAGUUCUACAGUUACUACAAGUGCAAGCUGGCCCUCGAACAGCAGCAGCUCAUCUGCAAGCAGCAGGCCCCAGAGCUGGAGCCAGCCACAGCCCUGCCACCCCUCACGCAGCCCCCACUAGCCCCUGCUGCACCCAUCCCACCUGCCCAGGGAGCCCCGUCCAUGGAUGAGCUCAUCCAGCAGAGCCAGUGGAACCUGCAGCAGCAGGAGCAGCACCUGCUGGCCCUCAGACAGGAGCAGGUGACAGCGGCGGUGGCCCAUGCAGUGGAGCAGCAGAUGCAGAAGCUCCUGGAGGAGACCCAGUUGGACAUGAAUGAGUUUGAUAACCUGCUGCAGCCCAUCAUUGACACGUGCACCAAAGACGCCAUCUCGGCCGGGAAGAACUGGAUGUUCAGCAAUGCUAAGUCCCCUCCACACUGUGAGCUGAUGGCGGGCCACCUCCGGAACCGCAUCACAGCUGAUGGGGCGCACUUUGAGCUGCGGCUGCACCUCAUCUACCUGAUCAAUGAUGUGCUGCACCACUGGGCCCUGAUGCGCGGAAGGUCUCUCCCUCACAGCCAGCGCAAGCAGGCCAGGGAGCUGCUGGCCGCCCUGCAGAAGGUUGUGGUGCCCAUCUACUGCACCAGCUUCUUGGCCGUGGAGGAAGACAAGCAGCAAAAGAUUGCCCGGCUCCUGCAGCUGUGGGAGAAGAACGGCUACUUUGACGACUCCAUCAUCCAGCAGUUGCAGAGCCCAGCCCUGGGGCUCAGCCAGUACCAGGCCACGCUCAUCAACGAGUACUCCUCAGUCGUCCAGCCAGUGCAGCUGGCCUUCCAGCAGCAGAUACAGACCCUCAAGACGCAGCAUGAGGAGUUUGUCAACAGCUUGGCCCAGCAGCAGCAGCAGCAGCAGCAGCAGCAGCAACAGCAACAACAGCAGCAGAUCCAGAUGCCACAAAUGGAAGCCGAAGUCAAGGCCACGCCACCACCACCUGCCCCGCCGCCGGCCCCCACGCCUACCCCAGCCAUCCCACCAACUACCCAGCCCGAUGACAACAAGCCUCCCAUCCAAAUGCCCGGCUCCUCUGAUUACGACGCCUCGGGAGGGGUCCAAGACCCUGCAGCCACUGGCCCCCGGGGCCCUGGGCCCCACGACCAGAUCCCGCCCAACAAACCCCCCUGGUUUGACCAGCCUCACCCUGUUGCUCCUUGGGGUCAACAGCAGCCUCCUGAGCAGCCCCCCUACCCACACCACCAGGGCGGGCCACCCCACUGCCCGCCUUGGAACAACAGCCACGAGGGCAUGUGGGGUGAGCAGCGCGGGGACCCAGGCUGGAACGGCCAGCGUGACGCACCCUGGAACAGCCAGCCCGACCCCAACUGGAAUAGCCAGUUUGAGGGCCCCUGGAACAACCAGCACGAGCAGCCACCCUGGGGUAGCGGCCAGCGAGAGCCACCCUUCCGCAUGCAGCGGCCGCCACACUUCCGUGGGCCCUUCCCACCCCAUCAGCAGCACCCACAAUUCAACCAGCCGCCACACCCCCACAACUUCAACCGCUUCCCACCCCGCUUCAUGCAGGAUGACUUCCCCCCGAGGCACCCCUUCGAGCGGCCACCCUAUCCUCACCGCUUUGACUAUCCCCAGGGGGACUUCCCUGCUGAGAUGGGACCCCCUCACCACCACCCUGGCCACCGCAUGCCACAUCCUGGGAUCAAUGAGCACCCACCUUGGGGGGGCCCCCAGCACCCCGACUUUGGCCCUCCUCCCCAUGGCUUCAAUGGACAACCCCCCCACAUGAGGCGACAGGGCCCUCCCCACAUCAACCAUGAUGACCCCAGUCUGGUCCCCAACGUUCCCUACUUUGACCUCCCCGCCGGGCUGAUGGCCCCUCUUGUGAAGCUAGAAGAUCACGAGUACAAGCCUUUGGACCCUAAAGACAUUCGCCUUCCACCCCCCAUGCCACCGAGCGAGAGGCUGCUGGCGGCCGUGGAGGCCUUUUACAGUCCUCCUUCCCAUGACAGGCCCAGGAACAGCGAAGGCUGGGAGCAGAAUGGCCUCUAUGAGUUCUUCCGAGCAAAGAUGCGGGCCCGACGGCGGAAAGGCCAGGAGAAGAGGAACAGCGGACCCUCACGGUCUCGGAGCCGAUCCAAAAGCCGAGGGCGUUCCUCCUCUCGCUCCAACUCGAGGUCCUCCAAGUCAUCUGGCUCAUACUCGAGGUCGCGGUCACGCUCCUGCUCCCGUUCCCGCUCCUACUCCCGUUCCCGCUCCAGGAGCCGUAGCCGAUCCCGCUCCUCAAGAAGCCGCUCGAGGUCCCGCUCCCGCUCCCGGUCCAAGUCAUACUCCCCAGGGAGGAGACGUCGGUCGAGGUCAAGGAGCCCUACUCCGCCUUCUUCAGCUGGUCUGGGUUCUAAUUCAGCACCUCCUAUACCCGACUCCAGGCUUGGGGAAGAGAACAAAGGACAUCAGAUGCUGGUGAAAAUGGGCUGGAGUGGAUCUGGCGGCCUCGGCGUGAAAGAGCAAGGGAUCCAGGACCCCAUCAAGGGGGGGGACGUGCGGGAUAAGUGGGACCAGUACAAGGGUGUGGGCGUGGCCCUGGACGACCCCUACGAGAACUACCGCAGGAACAAGAGCUACUCCUUCAUCGCCCGCAUGAAAGCCAGGGACGAGUGCAAGUAGGAGUGGUGAGGAGCCACACCAGCCGCUGGCAGCUUAGCCAUUGGGACCUUCCUGGCUUAUUAGCUAUGGAAGAUGGUAGGGACAGCUCAAUUCUCACACAGCCUCCAUCUUUGGAGAGCGACAGAAGAGAAAGACAACCACAGCAUGCCUAGUGAUCAGUGCCGUGCUCAACCGCGUGGAGGCACAGGCCCCACCUGCCAACCAGCUCUAAUGUAGAAGUAAGAGUCACAUGAGAAGACACCCCGAACUCAUUCCCUGGACAGUGAAGCGAGAUACAUGAGCCCUUCUUCCCCGGACAAGAAUCCUUAACGCCUGAAGGAAUGGAUGUCUCACAUCUCUACCAUCAGAUGUGAGUCUCAACUCAGCAGGCACGUGUGGUGGCCGCCCUGGAUGAACACAGCAGCCCCCUAGACGAGGGGCAUGGUGGGCCAGCUCCACAGCUCGUACCUCCCAUGUGUCGUGACAAAGCUCAGGCCAGGCGCUAGUACUACUCUUAAAAAAUGGAAAAACAAAACCUUGAUUUGCAAAGUUAAACAGGGUUUUCAUUUUUACUCCAAAUGGUUUAGUUUUUAAAAAAGAAAUAUUGAUCUAAGAUGAUCCCCAGUGAAAUAAUUUGAAACUUGAUUCCUCCAAAACAUACUGGCCCUUAGUUUAGUUGAUUUUUUUUUUUUUUUGAAAGUUAGCCAUUUGCUGUUAUCUCCAGAAACAGAAGGAUCUAAGGAGACGGAUCUGAGGCAUCUUCAGGUGACAGAAUAACACCCAUGGGGGACCUGUGACCUUAGUGUCUGCUUGUGUUUUUCACUUAAAGGAACCCCAACACCAGCACUUCUGUGCGAUAGCCCACUCAGACCGACACACCUGCUCUGUCACUUCCUUUUCCUACCCACCCCUCCAACCCCAAGGAGGUGAGGCCUGGAGGGAGCCACGGGGUGCCUGCGCCGGGAUGGGCUGUAUGUGGCGUCUUAGGCAGCGGGGCGCAGUGCCGUUUAUUUGUACAGAAACAUUUUUGAAAAAUUCUUUUCAAUAAGAUGCAAAAUCCUCUCCAACUUUUCAACCUGAUGUGAUAAAAAUACUUGAUUUUGUUCUAGGUUUCCUGUAGCUGUGUAUUGUUUAAACGCAUCUGAUCCAGGAUAAAGCAUAAACACUUGCUGUUAACAAUUUCUUGUGGGUUUUACUGUUUUGCCUUCAAAUAAAGACUUUUUCAUAAAGAC